AGAACUCACUUUCCCAUGGACCACCGCGGCUCCCCCCUCCCAUCUCGCGCCUUCCCUCUUGUCUCCCCUCAAACUGCUAGCCGACGGUGUGUUGUUGUAGAAGCAAUGAUGGCGGCAGCGGGAUGCGGAUCAGCAACCGCGGCUGCCGUAGGAGGCCAGAGUGGAACCGCUACAGCCAGAGGUCGUUUCCCCGGUCGGCCUUGGUCUUCGCGCAGUCGUUUGCGUUCUGAAAAGCGUUGGCAGCUCGGACGAUCAAACUCAGAAGCUGAUGAUGUGACUACCGUAGGGCCAAGGCCCGCAAACCUGGCUGUUUCGUUAAACGAAGACCAGUCUCACUUGCGCCUACUUGGAAUAGAGGCAAGCCACAAGAUCCUUGGCCAGGCUGGAUAUAGCUCUAGUGGGAGUGAGGAGGGUGAUGAUUUCAAAGGAUUUGAAUCUGACAGAAAACGUUUGCAAGAACCCACGAUGUCUCACCAAAAUUCUUCCAAAGGUGAUGUUCUCAAGACAAAAUCUAAACGAAGAAUUGAGAAGCUGCCACAGAAAACCCCAGCAAAAGAUGCAGCUAUCCCACCUGUUCCUGUUAAAGCUGUGGAGGACAACGCAGCCGUGGACGCAAAGCCAGCAAAGGAUUUGAAGAAAAAUUUGAAAGGAAAAAACACUAUGGACCGGCAGUCCACUAAAAGCAGAGCUCCUGCAGCGGCGCCGAGGAUUACGAUAAAGUUAGUGGCCAAAAAGAAAACGGUAAACGAGCCUCAGAAAAGAUCAGUGAAGACGCUGAAGACGAAAGAAGCGCAGGACCGACCCGACGUUAAAGACAUUCAGGACGACCAGAUUUUAAGCGCACACAUUAAAGUAAAAACCGAAACAUUUGUGGAGGAACAAGGCUCCGAGGAUAAAGGAGCAAGAAGCAUACCUACAAGGAGGCGUGGGAGAUCUGCCAUGAAGGAAGCAGAACCUGUAAGCCAGACUACUGCCAAAGUUGUGGUUGGUGACCAAAAAUCAAAAGAGAAAGAAGUGGCUGACACGGGAAAGGACAUCGAGCCCGUGGAGCCCAAACCGAGAGCAAAGGAAGUAACGAAGAAAGCAGCGGCACCUCGGGUUUCUGCCGCUAAACAAGUAACUCGUCGGAGCAGCAGAGUUACUAACCCAGCCUCUAAAAAGGCCACGGGCGGUGUGUCUGAAACUGACAGCUCCAAUAAAACCACUCCUGCUCUGACUGUGCCCAAGUCAGAGCUUUCAGACAUUGUCGAGGCUAAACCUCCAGCUGCUAGAGAACGACGACGGCAAAGCAAAAGGUUAAAUAAAGAUGUUUCAGUGCCAGAAAAUUGCGGCUCAUCAUCUCCAGAGCCCGAUAAGUUAGACACAAAAAACAAGGAGAGUUUACCCUUUACAAAUGAGGAAGAGAGGGUCCCAAGCCUAAAGUUAAUAAAAAUCAAAAAUCCCAAAUACGAUCCGCAGAACCACGGGAAGACUUCGGCUCGGAAGAAAAAGCGAAGAAAAUAUAUUUGGACUUUGACAUUAGUGAAGGGAAGAAUUCAACCACCUGGGCCUGAAAACACGACCAAAGUACCAGCAGAGACGGUGGAUCAGCCUGCUCCAUGUGACACCAGCGUCAACAAGAACACAAAAGGACAGGGUAGAAGAUCCAAACCAGAGAGCGCAGCCCCCAAGGAGAGCGUGGCAGUCACCAGGAAUGAUCUCCAAAACGAGCCUGCCUCGGAAAACUCUAGUUUACAAGCUGAAGUUGAAACACCUACGCAAGAAACCAUUAAGACCGACAGUGGGAAGGUUGUACCGCCUCUUCAGAUCAAGAAGGUUUCUUCUCCUGGGAAGAAGCAUAAAAGCUCAAAGCCGUCAUUUUUAAUCCAGCAGGUUAGCCCUGAAAAGAAGGAGGACGUUCAGAAAGAUCCAGCUGAAGCUCACGAAGAGAAGCCAUCUUCUCCAGAUGGCGAGGCUGCUCCUACUAGGACAUUAAGGAGAAGGACGCCUAGUGUUGAUUCAGCAAACACCAGAUCUGUCAGCCAGAAGCCAGCGGCCACUUACAAACGAAUAUUACGAAAAAUCCAAGAGAAAGGGACUCCACAGGUAGAAGUUCCCCCUCAGGUCUCAACUGAAGAUCCCACCUCUCAAGCUCUUCCCACAAACUCUUGCCAAAUUUUGCCAGAUCCACCACAAGAUGCCAGCCUGAACUCGUUGGACGUUCUUGAGAAGGAUACUUUAGAGGUUAAUGACGGUUCUUCACAGUCGGCAGGGGAAGUUUGUCCACUGAAGGUGGAGAAAGAGGCAGAACCACAGACUGAAGAGAUCAAACCACUACCUGUGCCUUCCAAACCUAGGAAACCUAGAAAUAAUAAACUAGUCAAAAAGAAGAAAAAGGCCAUGGUUUCACCAGAUGCCACUGUAGACACGGCUCCUGUUGCAAUCGACUCGACUGCUGCAGAACCUGUCCAAACAGAAGAUGUGCAACCCUUAGUUGUAGAGGUCAGUCAGCCUGAGGUGAAAGAGGUCACACAGCAGGACGAAGCACCAGAGACCAAACAGGACCCUACGUCAGUGGAAGAGGAGCAGAAAGAGUCGCCGGUGAAGGAAGAACCACACAUGCAGCUGAUCGACACUCCGCCUUCAGAGGUGCCAGAAAGUCUCGCAAAUAAGCCAAAAACUUUCAAAAAAUCUCACAAGAAACUAAAGAAGAAACGCAAAAGCUUAACUGGACCACGUCCCAAACACAGGCACAGGGACAGAGAUGGGAAAUUUGCUCCACUUACAUUAUCCGAAAGUCAAAGUGUCGAUGAGGUGGAUGAUAAUUACUCCCAUGCAACCCCUGCUUCAUACCUGGGCUCUAAACUCAUCGGAGUACAGAAAAAGUACAAAAAGAAGCGGAAAGGAUUUCAUUUUAUGGGAUCCAAAAGGCCUAAAUCAACAUCGAAAAUCAUCUCUACACUGAUGGAAAUGGGGUUAGGACAGGGAAGUUUAAAGCAGGAAGAAGCAGACACCCCAGUCGACUCGGGACAAACGAGUGUUGCUAACCCCCAGCCUGGAAAGUCCAAGUUUGUAAAAAACAUCAAACACUUCAUUAUGCCCGUUGUAAGCGCUAGAUCUUCCCGUGUCAUCAAGACCCCGCAGAGAUUCAUGGAUGAUGCUGGAAUGUCGGUGUUGCCUCGCAGAAACUCUCCCAAGAAGGGUUUGCAGCUGGGCCUGCAGGUACGCUCCGGAAAGAGGCAAGACGACGAAGCAGAAAGAGCCAUCUCCCCCAUCUUUCCUAUCAACGAGGAGGACAUCCUUAAUGAAGCUCAGCUGGAUGUUGAUCUGUUUUCAGCUCAGGACCUGGAUGAUGACCUUGACCUAGCUCAUAGCCUGUUUUGUGACAGAAAAUCCAACAAGAAUGAAAUGAAGGAGCCCUUUUUAAAGAACUCCAGCUUCAAGUGGCAUCUUUCAGAGGAGCCCGACGAGGGGGUGUACACACUGGACACAAGCCCAGUGGGCAAAUGUGAGAAUCUGUUUUUAUCCGUGGAUAAACCGCCAGAACCUUCGUCAGACCUUAUGGACUUUCUGAGAAAGAAAAGUUCGCCCAAGUUUAACAAGCAAGCAGCUCAACUCAAGAUUUACCAGAGAUUAAAGAAGCCGCACACGGGACUUCCUAAGAGCAAAGCCACGCAGGAGCUCGAGCCUGCGAGCAAACCUGCCGCGCCUCCGGUGGAUUUAGCAGAAGGACUGGAUGACGAGGUGAUGAGCAUCAGUUUGAGACAACGGGACACGAGCACAGAAAAGGCCAAGUCUAAGCUGAAGAUAGAGGACCUUGAUUCUCCAGGGGUAGUGAGGAAGGUUUCCGUGUGUGUCCGGGGGACCAACUCCAUCGCACUUCAACAACGUGGAGGAGAAGCUUUAGCAGGAAACACCGUCCUAGCCUCAGGAGAGCCGAAGCCUGCACAGAACUCGGGCGCAAGCAGAGGUGUUCAUGUAGGUUCUGUGGAGAAAGGAGCUCCACAGCGAGCUCGCCUCACUGGUGCAAACAAAAGAAUGUUGAAUCUCCUGAGGAAAGCCAAGGUUCAGCUCAUUAAAAUCGACCAGCAGAAACAGCUGAAGUCCUCUGGGCUUUUAUCGGGUCCAGCCGGAGCCAGGUCUCAAGAUCUCACCUCAAAGAGACAGAGGAGGAAGCAGAGGCUGCGGCGUUAUCCUGAUGUUCCAGUCAAGACCGAGCCUCUUCAAGGACAACCGCAGCUCAUUUCCCCACUCUGUCAGGAGUUCCGCAGAGCAGGAGGUCCACGAAUCAAGCACGUGUGCCGCGCUGCCUCCGUGGUGCUGGGGCAGCCUCGGGCCCUCGUUCCUGAUGACAUUCCCAGACUAAGCGCCUUGCCGCUGCAUGAGAGAUCCGGCAUUUCCCCAUCAGCUGUCACUCAAGAUGUUGGGUCUCAGUCGGAGCCGGACAGCCCAGGACUUUCAGAUUCAAAGGCAACAAAAUCAAAGAAGACAUCGAAUUUUGCGAAGAGGAAAGGACUCGGCCCGUUUGGGUACCGCUCACGGAGGUGUGGCGUGUGCAAGGGCUGCAACCACGAGGACGACUGUGGCGACUGCAUAAACUGCCUGGACAAACCCAAGUUUGGCGGUCCAAACACCAAGCGUCAGUGUUGCGUCUAUAAGAGAUGUGAUCAAAUUGAAGAGAGAAAAGCUCGCAGACUUAGUGGGAGGACGGUACCCAAAGGAUCCAAUAAGCGUAGGCGGCCAUCUCUCAGCAUGGGUCAUUCGAGUAACGACGAAGGGAUGGAGGGUGCCGGCGACUCGCCAUCUGGCCUCCAGACCGACGGCCACAGUCCAUCAGUGAGGAAGCAGCCAAAGCGUGUGGUGAAACCUCGCGUGUAUUUCGACCUGGUGGAUUAUGACUCGGAUCUGGACGAGAAAGCUUUGUGCAACUCGGCCUCACCGGCGAGGAGACGGGGUGCCGGACCUCGUUUCGGCCAAGAUUUUGUGUCUCUGGAUGGGUUCUGGGAAGACUUUUCAGACGAUGAAGUCAGGCAUCGCAAAUCUAGUUCACAUCGGGUACCGCAGGGUCGGCGGAAACCCGAGAAGGUUCUGUCGUCUCAGAGUCCUUUGGAGCAGACCCCCCCCAGCGUCCUUGCUGCUCUGGCUCAUGGCUUUGAGCAGCGAGACGUGGAGUCUUCUAAACCGACUCACAAAAUCAGGGUCGACUUCAAGGAGGACUGUACUCCAGAGAACGUGUGGAACCUGGGUGGUUUAAGCGUGUUGACCUCUGCGCCGCUCAUGCCUCCCUACGUUUGCUUCCUUUGUGCCAGUAAAGGCCAACACGAGAUGUUAUACUGCCAAGUAUGCUGCGAACCCUUCCACCGGUUCUGCCUUGAACCUGCUGAACGUCCCUCGGAGGAGAAUAAGGAAAAUUGGUGCUGCAGGCGCUGCAAAUUCUGUCAUGUGUGUGGGAGAAAAAACAAGCUCUCCAGGCCUCUAAUGGAGUGUGAACGGUGCCAAAACUGUUACCAUGCUUCCUGUCUGGGACCAAACUAUCCAAAACAACCCAAGAAGAGGAAAACCUGGGUGUGUAUGACAUGCAUCAGGUGUAAAAGCUGUGGUGUCACUCCGGGGAAGACUUGGGACACCGACUGGAACCACAGUAAAGGCCUCUGUCCAGACUGUUCAAAACUCUACGACCAGGGAAAUUACUGUCCAAUCUGCUUCAAGUGCUAUGAAGAUAACGACUAUGAUAGUCAGAUGAUGCAGUGUGGCACGUGCAACCACUGGGUGCAUGCCCGAUGCGAGGAUCUAACAGACGAGCUGUAUGAGAUCCUGUCCAGCCUGCCAGAGAGCGUGGUCUAUUCGUGCCGGCCGUGCAGCGUGACCCAGCCAAGCGCCUGGAGGGAGCUGCUUUACAUCGAGCUCAGGGCCGGGGUGGAGAAGGUGCUGGCGUGCUUACUGUCCUCCACCCUCACCCAGCAUCUUGUUACCUGCUCACAGUGUGAGACGUUGGUUGACCCCGAUGGUGGAACUGAAGGUCAGCCAGCCUGUGACCUUCGAGCAGUCGGCAAGAAGUUCGACAAAGGCCUGUAUACGUCACUGAAAAAGUUCCAUGAAGAUGUGGUCCAGGUGGUGCGAAGGAAGCUGGAGCUGGAAGAGCACCUCCCAGAGGAGCAGAGGCCUACUGCCCUAGCACGCUCUUACUACUUAAAGCUCCUGGAGGAGGUGUUUAACUGGUUCAACGGUCAGGACCCAAAGUUGUGGACCCUUUCUACCAAAGACUUGCCCAUGGGGAUGCUGUCCCACGCUGUUCAUCCUCCCAACACCGAGCACGUUUACGCCCAGUGGCAGGAGAGGAGGCAGCUUCUGUCCAGGCCUCCGCUGGGUCUCCUGCUAGAGGACAACGGACAGAGCUUGGACAUAAAGGAGGAGGAGGCGGUUUCUCCGAUGUCGGGCGAUCCGACAAGCCGUAAUCAUUUCAGAACUAGCAGAACUCUCAGAAUCAAAGGUAAAAGAGGCAGACUUUCCAAAGCAGAUCUGGACACAGGAUGGACUAAAGAGGAUGAAAGGCAGUGCUCUCUGUGCCAGAAAUACGGAGACCUGAAACCCAACGAGGCGGGGCGCCUGCUGUACCUGGGCCAGAACGAGUGGGCACAUGUCAACUGCUGCCUGUGGUCGGCGGAGGUGUUCGAGGAGGACAACGGCUCUCUGCUGCAUGUGCACAGUGCUGUCACAAGGGGGCGCUUGAUGCGAUGUGAACGCUGUAAUCACACCGGUGCCACCGUGGGCUGCUGUUUGACAUCUUGUCAAAGUAACUACCACUUCAUGUGCGCCCGCUCUCGGCAGUGUGUGUUCCAGGAUGACAAAAAGGUCUAUUGCUACAAACAUCGGCAUCUCAUCAGUGGCAGGAUGACAACAGGUCAGGAGUUUGAAGUAAACCGCAGAGUGUAUGUGGACUUUGAAGGGAUCAGCCUUCGCAGGAAGUUCCUGACUGGCGUGGAGCCCGACCUGAUUAACUUGAUGAUCGGAUCCUUGCAGAUCGACAAGUUGGGAGUGUUAACUGAAAUUUCUGCUUUAAAGGGCAAAUUGUUUCCUGUGGGUUUUCAGUGUUCUCGGUGGUACUGGAGCACAGUUAAUCCGCUGAGGCGGUGCAGAUACACGUGUACAAUCCGGGAAGUUCGACCCGUUAUUCCAGAGAAGCCUGCGGAGGAGAUGCCCGACCAAGGGGAGAAUCACACCAUUGCUCACAGCCCCUUUCAGCCUGAAUUGGAAGCCCAAGACACGGAUGUGUCAGAAAGCCAACCCCCAGCAGAAGAAGGCUUUGUCACAGGUCUUCCCUCCAAGUCGGAUCACUUCGCAAGGCCUAAAGUUUCCAGCCAUCCUCUGCCCAGAAGGCCCGCUGGAGGAAUGUCCCGCCCUCUGCCGUGUCCAGGCAUAGCCGAGACGAAACCCCACCACAUUCUGACUGUAAGCGAUUUAGAAGAGACUCGGAGAGCUCGUCGCCACAGCCCACACUCCCAGACAUCAGGACUUCGCAGUCGGAUGUCCCCACCCCCACUGGCUCCUCUAGCCGGGUCAGCUACCCUUCGUUCUAGCAAACCUUCCCUGCCUACUUCCCCACUAUAUCCCCUUUCAGACCACUCUGUGAACUGCCCGUCGUCCCGCUCUGUAGGAAGUCGAAACGCCUCCAAAGCCCGUUGCCCUGGCAACACGUUAACACACUGCACUCCGUCGUUCUUUCCUCAGUCUCACUGGCAGGACAGUGUAGCCUCUGUAAGUCUGCCUUUCUCGUCAUCCAUGCAACAUUUACCUAGAAAUCGCUUGUCGUUUGAUCUGAGUCAGUCCGAUUCUGUUGAGGUGCCACACAACUUCUUGGCUUCGCCCGAACCUGAAGAUAUCUCCCCAACGAAUGGCACAUCACCUCAUGUGGACAUGGACAAACACGGUGAGGAGUUUCCAUACAACUCAUUCAACAGGGAUUCCUCUAUAAGUCUGGGCGAAGAGAUGCGAGCAGAACUUGAGAUUGAAGAAACGCUCCUGAAUGAGGGGGUGGCUAUGAACUGCGGGGGCCAGAUAGUGGUGGAAGGUGAUGAUCAGGAGGAGUACUGGGGGAGAACCCAGGAGGUACAUAAAAAGAAAUCCCUUGUUGCGAGCCUUCCUCGGUCUGCAGCCUCAAACAAGGAAGACUUGGGAAACACUUCCUCUGAUGACGACGUGGAGCACUAUUUUGAUUUCUCACGAACAAUAGUUAGCUGCCCAAUAUCAAAAGAUCGGUCCAAGUCCCCUUGCUCAUCUUCCUCGCGGCCCUUGGCUCAGUUGGAUGGUAUAGAUGACGGUACAGAGAGCGAUGCAAGUGUAGUAACUACUGAUGAUCCUCAGAAGGUCGGUGGGUUCUGCAAAAAUCCGAUUCAAAGCAGAAACCCAAACAGCACAGAGGCCCUUGGUUCAUCAGACAACAAGCAGGCAGAGUCUUCAUCUGUUGCCAUGGCUGCUUCCAAUAAAUGUCCACUUUCGUCCAGCAAUGUCGACAAGAACUCUUCAGUAGGUCAGAAACCUGCAACUUCCCCUGCUGACCGUCUUCCAGAUUUACUCACAAAGGUGCCUGAGUCGUCACAUCCAUUGGUCGGUUCCAGUUUAGGCUUUGCCACAGGAACACCUCUUGUUCUUCAGGAAUGCGACAGUGGCCCGCGUUUCACAGAACUGCUUCCUGUGCUACAAGGCACUCCUCUCCCGUCUGAAACAUGCAAAACCCUGAACUCUGACCCCAACAUCUUUGCAGCAUCAACUGAGGGAUCUGCUGUUGUGAUAAACCACUUAACACCUGAUGUGAUGGAACCGUCAUUACAAUGUUCAGUUGAUGGUACCCAGGGCUCUCUGCUGGGCCUGCUUGAGCCUUCACCUUUAAUGCCUGCGGAUGAUGCACGAAACCCCUCUCAAUGCCUUGACGAUUCUCUCGACAUGUUUUCUUGUUUACCAGGCUUCAGUCAGUCUCCUCAAACGAGUAUCACACUUCAGCCGGUGACGGCUGUGCAGGAAUUGGCAGGCUACCCAUCCACCGAGCCUUUCUCCAGUAAGCUAACGACCCUCACUCCAGUGGAAGAUGUGUCGCAGAUGCAGCUAAAUGUUGCAAAUCAAACCAAUCCAGGGUUACCAGCAAUCCUGGGGGCUUGCCCCCCACCUGAAACGUGUGCCAUUGUUUCGGUUCCCAUGUACUCCACACAAACACAGCCGUUCAGUUCUGCAUCACUCACCAUCGUUUCUUCUUCAGCUUCGGUAUCGACGCCCUGUGCGGCCACGUCAGCACCGUUACAAACCACCUCCGCCCCUAUGAUCCUAAACGGGUAUGGCUCCUCGUUACUGCAGAAGGAAGCCACAUCUGGUCAUACAAUUUCCAUCAACUUCUCUGCACCGAGGCCAGCUAUGGAGCCUCAGCAGCCUGUGCUGCCCCAGGCGUUACCCGGUCACGCUAUCCUCACUGUGAAGGAGGUAGGAGGUCCAAACGUGGACCCUACACCACAUGUUCUACUGGUGAACCGCCUUGGGCAGAUCUUUGUGAAGAACCCUGAAAGCAACACUUUCCAGCUGCCCACUCCAAACUCCCCCUCGUAUAACUGUGUUACCCAGAUUGCCAGUCUUCUACAGAGUAACGCACUUUCGGCCACUCUGGCAGCAGCUGGUAAUCUGACCACUGCGCCGUUAGGGGCCAACAUGGCUGCAGUUCCUGCAUCAGUCAGUCCUGCAGUUCAGAGUCCAAGUACAGUCACACAGCUGCUCACCAACAACACCAAUGGUGCCAUGGCAUCAUCUCAUGUGAAAAAGUCCAAGAAGAACACGAAAGCACCAAAAGAGGAAACAAUCCCCGAGAUGAAAAAACCAAAGAAGAAGAAGGAAUCCAGUUCAUCCAAGAAAGCAAAGUCCUCCAUGGUGACGGGACAGACUGUCGUGUUAUCAGAGAAUCCUCCCGUGUCUCCUGCUGAGAGCGCCCAAGCAAUUAUUAACCAAGCAAUGGCUAGCAACUACACCCCCAAAUGGACCGGUUUACGGACUAUGAGUCCUUCUUCUCUGGUUCUGCCACCAGGCCUUUUGAUUGAACCAGAACCUCCGGUGGUGCCACGUUCUCCUUCACCGACACCAGCCCCCGCACCUCGACCUCGCAGCCACGUCCGCAUGAAAAGAGUGUCUUCCCUUUCAGAUCGCAUCAUCACCAAGAAGUCUAAAGUUGACUUCCUGCCUCCAGAAGUCGUCAGUGAGGAGGAGGAGGAGGAGGAGCAGCAGCUUCGGAAACCUGCUUUCCCGAGCAUCUCCAGCAGGGCCUCGGGAGUUCGCAUCAAAACUCCAACCGUGAAAGGAAUCCUAAACCUGGAUGAGCUGAAGGAGGAGCACAUGAGUGAUUCAGAGAGCUCUGGAUCGGAGCCUUGGAAUUACUUAUCUCAGGGCGAGCAAGGCAAACAGCCUGCAUGGGAACCAGUGGGACACAACAACCUGACCGACUGGAAGAAAUACUCUGGCGCUGCUUCUACAACUGACGAUGAGACAUCAUCAUUUGAGGAUGAUGAAGUAUGUCCAACUAACAAAGAGCAGCCACACUUGAGGUUCGAGAUCACCAGCGAUGAUGGUUUCAGUGUAGAGGCAGACAGCAUCGAGGUGGCUUGGAAAGCGGUGAUACACGGCGUGCAGGAGGCACGAGCCAUAGCGAGGCUUCGGCCGCUGACCUUUCAGAAGAUCACGGGCGCCCAGAUGCUUGGACUGGUUCACGAUGCUGUUGUGUAUUUACUGGAACAACUUGAAGGGGCUAAUCGCUGCCAGAGGCAUUCUUUCCGUUUCUUCAAGCAGUUCAGCCAGGAAGACGAUCUCCCUGUGAAUCCCAGUGGUUGUGCUCGAUCUGAGCUCUAUGUGAGGAAGUCUACAUUUGAUAUGUUCAACUUUCUGGCUUCUCAGCACAGACAGCUUCCUGAUAUCAGCCCGUAUGAUGAUGAGGAAGAUGAAGUUCUUUUGAAGUCCACAAGACGAGCCACCAGCUUGGAGCUGCCUAUGGCCAUGCGUUUCAGACACCUGGAGAGGACGUCUAAGGAGGCUGUGGGGGUGUACAGGUCUGCCAUUCAUGGGCGCGGUCUGUUUUGUAAGAGGAACAUCGAAGCUGGAGAGAUGGUCAUCGAGUACGCCGGCAUCGUCAUUCGAGCAGUGCUCACUGAUAAAAGGGAAAAAUACUACGACGGAAAGGGUAUCGGCUGUUACAUGUUCCGCAUCGAUGACUUUGACGUGGUGGACGCGACCAUGCACGGCAACGCAGCUAGAUUCAUCAACCACUCGUGCGAACCCAACUGCUACUCGCGGGUGAUCAACGUGGAAGGUCGGAAGCACAUCGUCAUCUUCGCUCUCAGGAAGAUCUACAGAGGGGAGGAGCUCACCUACGACUACAAGUUCCCAAUUGAAGAUGCCAGCAACAAACUGGGCUGCAACUGCGGAGCCCGGCGUUGUCGGCGAUUCCUCAACUGAGAAGGAAAAGGAGGGGUUUCCUGUUUACUAUGAAACCUUAAACGAAGGCAGUGCUGCGCUGGGCUUGGGGGAUGAGCCACUAUGACACUGGCUUGGUUCACGAAGGGGAAAACACUUUCGUUCACUUUUAUUGAGAAAGGUUUUUGAACAUUCAACAAACCCGAGAAUUUGUUUUCCAUCCUAAGUCCUCGGCGAGUUAACAUCGACUAACCGAAGUGUUUUGUGAGUUUGUAAAAGCUGCUUCAUCGGCACGAUCUCGUCACGACCUCAGACGAGACAAACUGCAACAAGCAACUCAAAAUUGUUGCAGAAAUGUAACGCAAGCCCGGUAAAACACCUUCUGCAGCGUACUUUUCCAUGUGAGAACACUCGCCUGUGCUGCAGAAGUGGUGCGUAACUGAGGUGGUGAAGAGGAAACAGGAUUUCUAGACAAACGCCAACAAAAGAAUUCUGACACACUCGCCAAGCCUUAUAUGUUUGGAUCAUUGCUGAACAUUUAGAUUUUAUCGUUUUGUUGUCUGGGAGGGAUUCUCUGUUUUUGAGCGCUCCAGGCUCUCGUGGCGGUGCAUCGUAGCGCCAUCUGUGCAGUGGUGAAGUCCGCUUGUGAGCCAUACAUUCACCCGAACCUUUGCUUUCAUUCAACUGUUUCCUCUCAUUUUUAAAUGUACAUUUUGUUAAUAACGAAGCAAACCAUGGUGCUAAGCUUUGAAAGCUUUUUUUUUUCUUUAGCUGGACUAAAAUCUCACAAAUCAGGAAAUUGUCUGGCUGCAUCUCCCCCCUGCUGAGAUUACGCUGGUAAACUUAUGCAGCUCUGUUAACAUUACCUGUGCUAAGUUUUACGUUUAGCACCAAAUAGCCGAGUUUUCGUCCAUUUGCUUCCAAGUUAUGGUUUCAAUCAGUAAAGUUUCAUUCUUUAAAAAAGGAAAAACAAAAAAAAGUGUCUUAAAAGACAGUUUUUGCUCAGUGUACAGAGUAUGUAGCAAACACUACCCAAGCCCAAAGUGAAGAUUUGUGGAGGAAAUAACGUUAAAUUUCUUGUUUUAUUCUCUCGACAGAUGCUUAUUACCUAUUGCAAUAAGACUCUUGCGCCGCCCUACACAUGAAUGAUCAUCCAACACAGAAACCACACCUGCUACACUUUAUUUAAAUCAGGGAGCACGCUGGGGGCUGAUGAAAAAAAUCAUUGCUACUGAGUACAUUCAGCACCUUUAAAUGAUGUUUGAUGUUGUGAGUGGACAUUCAGUGCUGUUAGUGAUGAGGCGAGUUCAAAUCACACACUGUUCCUACUGGGAGUUGUAUUUAUUCAUGUUUUGAUUUUCUAUUUUAACGGUUAACGCCCGUGUUGUGGCUAACUGGUGGCGGUCUAGUGUGUCUGUAGAUUCCCCCGUUGACAUCUUUUGUUUUGUUUACAGACGAUGUCCUUUUUUCACUUAUUUACUUGAAAUUUCUUUCUGGACUGUUGUGUCAGACAUUUAAGCCUUUGUGACAGGACUGGUUUUGAAGCAGGUAUUUUUUUCUUUUUUUUUUACAUUUUUAAUAAUAUUUUAUAAUUAUAAAGUACUGAAGGUCUUAGAAUUAGCCACGGGGUAAAGUGAGCACUGUUUGCCUAUUCAAGCCCAUCAUCGUCUCUUUUCAAAGUUCAUACAGCAAAUUGACCCCCCCCCCCCCCCGGCAGUUCGUGUCAAUCACAAGAGCAGAGUCACUUCCAGCUCCUAGCAAGGAUUCUACCUCAGCUGUUCACACAGAUGUUUGGGGAUACUGAUGCAAAAAGAGACUUUGAAGAUUUAAAAAUCGCUCAGUUUUAAUAUCCGUGUGUGUGUGUGUGCGUGUGUGUGCGUGUGUGUGUGUGUUGGAUGCACUAGACAAACACAAGUUAUCAUGACCAUCUCUCCCAGGAUUUGUUAAAAGAAAGCUGUAUGUUAUAUAUACACACACACAACUAUAUAUAUAUAGAUAUAAAUAUAUAUAUAUAUAUAUAAAUAGGGUUAUUUUAAAGUAAGUGUAAGACAUCCAAAUGAGAAAUGUGCUCUUUAAAUUUAAGUCUUUGUUACCGUGUAAAAAAAAACCUUGGGUUUGUAAAUAUUUGUAUAUAUAUUUCUAAACCUGUUUAAUUUUCUAUGCACUUUUUUAUUUAUGAUGUUGCUCAAUAAAGACGUUAAGAUGUUUGAACAAAGUU